AAUUCUUACUCUCUUCUCAUCUUUAUCAUCUUCUCACGCCAACAUCAUCAUCGUCAUCUCAUUCAUACACCUUUCGUAUUUAUGUUUAGUGAGUGAGUUUUUUUCUCCUUCUUCUGUGUAUCUUCCUUAUCAUCACCGAUAUUACAAAAAUUUCUCACGAAAAGAAAUCAGGAAAAAAAAAACUUCCCCACAAUUAGGAUAAUCACAAUGUUAACAUCAAUCUAUUUGUGUUUAAUGUUACACAAUUUAUGCGAUAAUCAGGUAAUUGCUACCUCCCAUCAUCAUCAUCAUCAUCAUCAUCACCAUGAUAAUGUCCAUCAUAAUAAUAAUGUGCACCAAUGGAAUCAACUGAUUAAGUUUGAUAAAUCAUAUCCAAUUGAUGAGGAUAAUCAAUAUGAAAACAAUAGUUUAAGUGAAUUACAAGUUUACCAAAGUUCAUCAUUUUCAGUGUCACCAAAUCAUUUUACAAAUAUUAAUUACAACGAAAACUUGACCACUGGUCAAGUUACACAUAAAUUGACCAAUUUAAAUGCGGAUAAUUACAAUGGUUAUUCAAUGAGAACAGUGAAAAAACAUAAACAUAAACAAGGAAACUUUUCUCCUACUCAUAGACAAAGAUACCAUAGACAUAGACGAAUCCCUAAAGAUUCAGAUAAUCAAUUUUUUCGGGUGGUUCCUGUUGAUAUGACAAUUACAGAGGGCGAUGAUGUUGAACUUGAAUGCACGGUGGGUAAUCAGAAAGGUUCAGUUCAAUGGAGUAAGGAUGGAUUCCUUUUAGGAUUUGAUCCUGAAAUCCCAGGAUUCCCGAGAUAUUCAAUGAAAGUGCAACAAACAUUAGGAAUUUUUAAUUUACGAAUCAAUAACGUCCAAUUAGAAGAUGAAGGAGAUUACCAAUGUCAGGUUGGUCCAGCUCUUAAUAACAAACCAAUACGCUCAGGCUCAAAGUUAACUGUGAUGGCUGGACCAAAGGAGGUUCUCAUUUUAUCUUCCGCUCCAGUUUUAAAAGGAUCUUCCAAAACUCCUCAUCAUAAUAUUCAUCAUUCAUCAUCGUUGCCUUCACCAUCAUCUUUCACAAUAUCUUCCACCUCAACUAAUUCCGAAGAUAAUUCAAUCCAAUUGAAAUCUGAUUCUAAUCAUUUCAACAAUUAUCCAAGUUUAAUCUCUUCCAGUGAAACCAGGAAACAUCAUUACACAAUAUACGCCAAAGAAGCUCAAAGGAUAACCUUAAAUUGUAAUACUAGCUCAUUAACUAAACCGGAAACCAAAUUAACUUGGUUCAGAAAUAAUAUCCAAUUGAAACAAGAUUCUUAUACGAUUGUAAUAACCGAUGGACUUGGUCCCAAUGGUAAAUUAACUUUAACCCGAUCAAUAUUAACACUAUUUGUUAAACUUGAUGAUAAUGGUGUCCAGUAUACAUGUAAGGCCAUCCAUCCAGCUAUUCCUCGUCCACUGGUCAAUACAAUGUCCAUCAGUGUCUUAGUACCUCCCGGAACUCCUCAAAUUGAAGGAUAUACAAAUGGUGAUCAAAUAAGUGCCUUAGAUACCUUAACCUUAGCUUGUAUCUCUAGAGGUGGUAAUCCCUCACCUAAAUUACAUUGGUUGAAAGAUAAUUUAACUGUUGAUACAAGUUACUCUUCAUCAAUUGAUGGUAAAGAUUCAACUAAUACCUAUUCAUUUGUGGUCAAACCAAAUGAUAAUAAUGCUUUGGUCACUUGUGAGGCUGUUAAUCUCAUCUCUACUAAACCAUUGACAGCAACAAUUAAACUGACCGUUUUAUAUGCUCCUACAAAAAUUAUCAUCUCUGGUCCAAUCGAGGGUAAACUUGGUGAUAAAUUAAAUUUAGAAUGUACAAUUGGGCCUUCAAAUCCCGUUACCGAUAUUACCUGGACAGUUGAUGGUUUACCUAUGAAAGGAACUGAUUCUCGAGUUGAAAUAAUUAAGGAAGGAUAUAAGACAAUGUCCAAUUUAACCGUUACUUUAACAUCAAGUCCAAACAAUUAUAAAACCGUUACUUGUUUUGGUCACUCAAAGAUGCUCAAGGAAACCAUUUUUAAAUCAAUUCAAGUUCAAAUUAUCUAUCAACCUGGACAUCCAAAUAUCAUUGGAAUUAAAAAUGGAACUAAUUUAGUCGAAGAUGAAAGUGUCCGACUUGAAUGCCUAUCGACCGGAGGUAAUCCGUUGGCAACGUUAAAAUGGUACAAAGGUUAUGGUUCUGAUCGGGAAAUAAGUGGCCUUUCAACUAUAUCAAGUUCAGGAGUUUCAAGUAUCUUAAUGAUUAGAGCUAAGCCUUCAGACAAUGGAGCAACUUACCGGUGUGAAUCCUCAAAUCGAGCCACUUCCGAGCCUUUGGUAACUCUGGUUACUUUAAAUGUUACCUUCAUGUCCUCAACAAUCAAAAUAACCUCCAUUCCUAAACAUCCUAAACAUGGUUCGGAUGUUAAAUUGUUUUGCGAAACGGGCUCAUGUAAUCCGACCUGUGAGGUUACCUGGUUUAUCAAUGGAGUUCUCAUGAAACAUUUGACCGAUGAAAUCAGCGAUGGUCAAUAUAGCGGUAAAAAUACUCGUAGUUUAUUAACUAUACCGGUAACAGAUAAACACGAUCAGUCAAUUGUUGUUUGUAAAAGUUACAAUAAACCAAUGGAAAGGACAAUCGAGAAAAAUUAUCAACUUCGUGUACUACAUAAGCCAAAAUUUUUCACUCCAUUGUUUCAAAAGUUUGAUGUUACGGAGGAAAAUUCAUUCAUCAUCAACAUGACUGCUAUCGGAUUUCCGAUUCCUCUUAAUUAUAAUUGGUAUAAAAAUGGAAUGAGUUUACUUGAGGAAUUACCUGAUAGAUUAUCUUCUCGGGGAAAAGUUAAAAAUCAAGAAUCAGGUAUAAUUAAAGAAACUAAUUAUCCAAAUGAUCUUAAACCGGAUCAAUUUAAUGAGAGGAUCAUCGUUGAUGGGCCGAUUCUGAGGAUACCGAAAGUUGAAAGGUACGAUGGAGGUGAAUAUGAGUGCGAAGCAAGUAACAAUGAGGGAACCACGAAAUCGACCAUUGUCCUUAAUGUACUAUUUGGUGCUACGAUUGUUAAAACUUCUGAAACAGUUUUAACAGAGCUCAGUGGUUCGGCUUCAAUGGUUUGUGAAGCGAUUGGUAAUCCAUCUGAUGAGAUGACCAUUGAUUGGUACAAAGGACCAGCACCAGGUCAACCGUUGACAUUAACUGAUUCUAGAAUCACUGUUGAUAGGGAAAAGGGUCGGUCGAUAUUACGAUUCUCUGAUGUCCAAUCAACUGAUGAAGGUUAUUACAUUUGUCGGGCUUCCAAUGGUAUUAAAAGUCCUUCCAUGGCCAAAUUAAAGUUAUCCCUUAAAUAUAAACCAUUAAUUGUUAAUAGAGUUCCAAUUGUUGCAAUUGAUGAAGGAGCUGAUAUUGUACUUACCUGUUCAGCUCGAGGAAUUCCCGAAGUUCAUUUUAAGUGGGUUGAUUCAAUUAACAAAGAUAUUGGAUAUACUCGAGAAACCCGAUACUCGCCUGAUAGUGUUUACCGUUAUAUGGUUUCUCGAAGUCGAAGUGAAAUUGAUCCUGAACUUUACGAGUCUAAACUAUUGAUUAGGAAAAUUCGAGUUGAAGAGUUUGGUUCAAAGUUGAAAUGUAUCGCUCUUAAUGAACGUGGAUCUGAAUUUACGGAGAUCUCAUUGAGACCCAAAAGUCCACCCGAUCUUAUAACUAAUCUGACAAUUGUUAGGGUUGACCAUCGAUCGGUCAGCUUAUCAUGGUUACCCGGUUUUAAUGGUGGACUACCACAGUUUUUUAAGGCCAAAGUUUGGCCCAUUUUUGGACGCGAUUCCGAUUCAACUUCAACUUUUUACACCAAAGAUCAUCAAAGCAAAUCUCGCCUUACAGAGGAAACCAAUGAAACCAUGUUAACCAUUGGUGGAUUAAAUUCACGCCAAGAAUAUGGAGUAAUAAUUAUAUCAACUAAUUCACUUGGUUCAUCAAUUGAAUCUCAAUCUAAAUCUCAAUUACCACAAUCAACUAAUUAUAUUUCUUUUACAACUUUAUCACCUGAUGUUUCCACCAAUGGGUCACCAUUAAUUGACAAUUCUUCAUCCUCAUCCAAUGGAUCACCUUUUGACCAAGCUAAAUUAACUCUUAUUCUGGUGAUAAUUACCAUGGGUAUUUUAAUUGCUUUAAUCAAUUGUGCCUUAAUUUUGUUUUGUGUGAGACAUAAAAGUUGGAAAUGGUUGGCUAAUAAUGCCAUUCCCGAUAAAAAUGUGACCUCAAACGGAGUCGGUCAAUUAGGUCAUAUUACCGAUGGUCCUGGAAGCCUUAAUAAAUCAUCAAUCCUUGGUAAUAGUCACACAAUUAACUCUAAUAAUAGUAAUGGUAUUCCAGGUAAUCAAAUUAAUCAGCAUCUUCAUCAGAAUAAUAAUAAUAAUCAUUUUGUUCAUUUAAACGGGAUUCUUAAGAAACCAUCAACAGAUGAUUAUCAUCGUAAUCAUAUUGAACCAAUUGUCGAACCCGAAAUGAUACCGAUGGGAAUGACUUCUCAUGCUCAAUUAUUAGAUAAUGGAACUGUUAUCGUUAAGAAUGUAAUUAAUUCUGAUUGUUCACAUUUCCAUCAACCCGAUUGUGGCCCAACUCUAUGUGAUUGUAAUAAUUAUAAGUCCAAUGAUAUAACAUAUUGAUUGGAUUCCAGUUAAUCAACUGACAAACAAAGUUAACAAAUAUAUUUAUCUUUUAUUAUCAAUAUUAUAUUGUAAUUGUAUUAAUAUAAUUAAUCAUCUACCGUCAUGAUUAACUCAAGUAUUUGUUUAUAAGGUUUUUAGACCAUAAGAAAAAAUAACUGUUUAAUUGUAUUGUUUUAUUAAAAAGAAACAAUUUAAAAAUCUAUUCUGUAAGAAGAGAAAUCAAUUUAAUUCCAUUAAUCUUUAAUAGAAUUAAUUAAUUGUUACUAAUGAUUAUAUUUUUC